AUGUCCGGGGAAAACCCAGCAACAGCAGCAGAGGAUCCACCUCCAUUGGCGAAUGGAGAAUCUGCUGUUUCAGAUAAGAAUGAUGCUGAGAAGUAUGGCUCUGAAGAGAGGAGGGAAGUGGCGGUGACUAGCAAUGAUGCCUAUGAAGUGAAGAGUGGCUGUGAAAUUGGCACAGAGCGCGCGGCUGAUGAGGGCGCAAAUAUUGUGGAGACCGAUGAUACCAACGAAGCCAAUUCAGGUUCUGCUAAUGUGGUUGGCGCUGUGGAUGUUAAAAUGGUUGACACACGGCAUGAAGCCAUAAUUGAAGCUGUGGAUGUUAAAAUGGUUGAGACACAGCGUGAAGCCAAUAUUGAAGAUGUGGAUGUUAAAAUGAUCGAGACACAGCAUGAAGCCAGUCUUGAAGCUGUGGAUGUUAGAAUUGUCGAGACACAGCAUGAAGUCAGUAUUGAAGCUGUGGAUGUUAAAAUGGUUGAGACCCAGCAUGGAGCAAAUAUUGAAGUUGUGGAUGUUAAAAUGGUCGAGACAAAGCAUGAAGCCAAUAUUGAAGUUGAGGAUGUGAAAAUGGUUGACACAAAACAUGAAGCCGUUAUUGACGUUGAGGUUGUGAAAAUGGUUGAUACGCAACACGAAGCCAACAUUGAAGCUAAGGAUGUGAAAAUGGUUGACACACAGCAUGAAGCCAAUAUUGAUGCUGGGGAAGAUGCGUGUCAAGUUAAGGAGGGACUGAAUGGCGAUAAUCAGUAUGCCAAGGCAUCAGAAGGUGAGGACACCAAGAUGAUUGAAGCAAAGGCUGAUACUAGGAAUUCCGAGGCACAAGAAAAUAGGAAGCCAGAAAAGGAAGGCAAUGCAGAAGAGAAGACAAAUCAUGCCAAUGGCAUUGAAAUGGCUGAGAAGGAAGAUGUGUGUCAAAAGGAAGAUAAGGAGGGAAUGAAUGAGGACAGUCAGGAUGCCAAGGUAGCUGAAGCUGACGAAAUGAACAUGGUCGAAGCAAAGGUUGAUGCUAGAAAUGCAGGGGCUCAAGGAAAUGGGAAGAAGGAAGAAAUGGAGGACAAGAUGGAAGAGAAGGGAAACAAUGCCAAUGUUGAAGAUGAUGUGAAAACUUUUGGCAACGAAGAUGCAUGCCAGAAGAAAGUCAAGGAGGGAAAUAAUGAGGAUAGGCAAGAUGCCAGGGCAUCAGAAGGUGAUGAAAUCAAGAUGGUUGAAGCAAAGACUGAUGGAAAUGCUGAGGUAGAAGGAAAUGAGAAGAAGGAAGACAAAGCUGGCCGGACUGAAGAGAAGAAAAAUAAUGCCAGUCUUGAAACCGAGUUAAAAGUGCCUGACAAGGAAUAUACAUGUGAAGAGGAAGAUAAAAAUUUAAAGAACGAGGGUAUUCAAGAUGGCAAGGCAGCAGAUGGUGAGGACAUGAGGAGUGUUGAAGGAAAGACUGAUGCUGAAAUUGCAGAGGUAAUAGAAAGUAGGAAAAAUGGAGAAGUGGAGUUCAAGGCUGAACAGAAGAAAAAUGAUGCCAAUAUUGAAGCCGAGAAUGUGAUUAUUGUUGACAGGGAAAAUGCAUGUCAGACAGAAGAUAAGGUGAGAAAAAAUGAUGAUAGUCAGGAUGCCAACCCAGCAGAAUGUGAGGACAUCAAGACGGUUGAAGCAAAGAGUGAUGCUGGAAAUGCAGCGGUAAAGGAAAAUGAGAGGAAGGAAACAAAGGAGGAGCAUAAUGAAGGAAAGGAAAAUGUUGUCAAUGUUCAAGCUGAUGAUGUGAAAAUUGCCGACAAGGAAGAUGCAUGUCGGAAGGAAGACAAGGAAAGAAAGACUGAGGAUAGUCACGGCGCCAAGGCAGCAGAAGGCGGGGAAACUAUGAUGGCUGAAUCAAAGUCUGCGGCUGUACAUGCAGAGGUUAAAGAAAAUGGACAGAAGGAAGAAGGUGGGAACGAGACUGAAGAGAAACAAAUCAUAUGCAUGGAGAAACAAGACGAAGAUAAGAUGGCGCCAGCAGAAGUAGAUAAACUAGAACUGGACAAUAGAGAACAGAUUGGCGUGGAAAUGCAGGAUGGGUUGAAAGAGGAAGAAAAAAGUGGUUUUGAUAAGCAUGAAGUGAGUGAUAGAGAAGAAAGUGUCGAGGAGAGUCAGCAGGAAUUGAAAGGGGAGGCAAAAGGUAAUGUGGGCAAGCGAGAAGUGGAUGAUAGAGAACAAAAUACCAAGGAGAAGCAGGACGGAUUGGAAGAGGUAGAAAGAGUUCUUUCUGGCAAGGAUGAGGCAGCAAAAAAUGAACAAGAGGGAGCUGCUGAGGAGCAAGAGGGAGAGAAAUGGGAUGGAAAUGUGGCUGCUGAGAAGAAAGAGGAAGAGAAACAAGAUGCCAAGCUGACUGCUGAGGAAAAGGACAAAACACAUGAUGGAAAAGUGGCUGCUGAGAAGGAAGAGGAAGAGGAAGAGGAAGAGGAAGAGGAAGUGAACGAAAACGUAACUUCUGAGAAGAAUGAAGUGGGUGUGAUCGAAAGGGGAGUUUCUGAGAAGGAUGAGGAAAUGGAAACAAAGGGAAACACUACUGCUGAUAAACAAGAGGGAAAGAAAGAUAAUCAAAUAGAUGAUAUAUGUAAACACGAGGGACAAAAUAAAGGGACCAAAAGAGCAAAUGCUGACAUAGAAGAGGCAGAAAAUGGAAGCGUGUCUAAUAAAAAAGAGAAGGAUGGCGAGGCGACAGUGGAACAAGGUGGCGAGUCAGACAAGAACGUGGAAGAGAAUAAGAAUGGAGAACCAAAGAGCAAGAAGGCAAGGAUUGUUUUAGAAAAGGACCAUGGAAAGGAUAAGAAACAAGAUGGUUCUAGGUCUAGGGAAGCCAAGAACUUGCUGAAUACCCCAAGUCCUUAUUCUCUUGAUCGUCCGGUGCGUGCCAGGAAAACAGUGGAGAGGUUGGUUGAAGUGAUUGAGAAGGAGCCGCUUAUUGUUGAGAAGGGCCGUGGCACACCUUUGAAGAAUAUACCUGGCGUUGCGAAGAGAAUAUCAAAUAAACAACCUUCCGAGCUUAAGCUUCUCCAUCAAAUCCUUUUUGGGAGGUUGGGAAAGGCUGUUGAUUUCAAAAGCCAUAUACUUGAGUUCUCUGGAUUUCUGUGGCAUGAGAGUGAUGAAAAGCAUAGAGCCAAGGCCAAGGAGAAGCUUGACAAAUGUUCGAUAGAAACAUUAUUGGAUCUCUGCAAUCUGCUUGUUAUUCCAGUUUCAAGGGAUGACAUUGUGGCGAAGCUGCUGGAUUUCAUUGCUGAGCCCCACGCUAAGGAUGAUUCUACACUUUCUGAUGAUCAGGGAUCAAAUUCUAGGAAGCGCAAACGAGAGGUGGGCAGUGCAACUAAGAAUCCAGAAGGCACACACAAGAGACCUAGGAAGAAACUUGAUGAUGAACAUACUUCACGUAAAAGGUGGCAAAAAUAUUCCGAGUCAGAAUCUGAUGAAGAUGCUGAAGAAGGGCAUGAAGAGGAUGAUCACAUGAAGUCUGAUAGUGAGGAAAACAAAGAUGAUGGUGAAGAAGUUGAUAGUGAGCAGGAAGAUAGAUAUGGCCGGCGAAAAGUAAAGGCAGGUAAGAAGUCUGUAGAUGGAAAAGGAUCUACAGCUAAAACUAAAAGGAAGGCGAUCACAGGGAUUUCUCCAAAUACAGCUCCUAUAGCUACAUUGAGCAAGUGUUCGAGCAGAGUUUCAUCAUCGCCGAAAAGUUCUAAGGAUAAGCAGAGGUCUGCUGUGGAUUUAAGCGUUGUCUCUAGAAAGAGCAAAGGGUCAACAAGUAAAGGGAAAUCAGCAGAAGCAGAACAAGCUCUUCCCAGCAAGGAUGAACUGCAAAAAACUAUUGUUCAACUUCUUAAGAAGGUCGACUUUGACAAUGUUACCUUCAGUGACAUUCUUAAGAUGCUCGAUAAGCGCUACAAGAUGGACGUAUCUUCAAUGAAAGAUACUGUGAAGUCCAUAAUUCUUGAUGAGCUGGUCAAGUUAGCGGAGGCAGACGAGGACUAA